AUGGUUUGUCCACCUUUUUUUGAAAAAGCACCAAGUCUUCAAGUAAGACCAGAUGGUUCUGUAUUAUUUGAAUGUAUGUGUAAUGCUAAUCCAGAACCAACAAUAAAAUGGUUCUUUAAGGAUAAAGAAUUAGUACAUGGCGAUAAAUAUGUUAUGAAACAAAAAAAAAUGGUAGGAAAAUGGGCUGUUACUAUGAAUUUAAAGAAUCCUCAACAAUCUGAUCAAGGAAUUUACAAAGUUACUGCAACAAAUUCAGCUGGGACACAUUCUGUUGAACAAAAUUACGUAGCUAUAUGUACCAGUAAUGAUAUGUUUAAACAAAAUCGUUAA